AUGGAGCAGAAUUGUGUUGACGGAUUUUGUUUCUAUAGGAAUUGGACUCGCUCCAACGAUUACUGUUUGAAUCUGGUAAAUAACAGCAAUAACCACACAAAGCGACGACGGUCUCACGAUCCACUAAUUCAAAUCGCAUACAACGACAACCAGUCGAACGAGCAGCUUCUUCCGAACACGACGGUCGUAGUGGCAUGUCUCUGCGAUUGUUUUUAAAGGAGUGACAGCAGGAACAGUCGGUGGAUAUGCGAUUGUAUUAUACUCUACUGGCAAAAAUAAAAGUAACAACCACGCAAACCGACGACGGUCUCACGAUCCACUGAUUCGAAUUGUACACAAC